AUGAAAGCAGGCUUAUAACGCAAGGAUUUCUACAAUUAAUUGUAAAUAAGAACCUGCAUAUGAAUAUUUAUUUAUGAUCUGACAUUCCAUUUAAAUAAUUAAAAAUGCCACGCCUGCGGAUUCGUAGGCUGCUGCUGACUCUUUUUAUUGUCGUGUGCUCUACGAUUUUGAUUCUGAACCUCACAUCAAAUUCUCAACAAGCUGUGUUAUUCGCUGCCAAAUCGGGAGACCGCGAUUUUGCACCUAAUAUGGCUGAAUCAGGUGCUCGUCGGCGACCAAAAUUCGAAAACUCUCCAACUUUGACUGCACCACAGUCCGUAGAGCAAGACAUAUCAAAGAGGACCCAAGUACAAGAAAUAAAAAAAUACACGUUCAGAGCUUUAGAUUCACCCAAUCAUCAUCAGAUGGAGCGAAAGGUAAACAUGAUGGCUGGACCAUCGCAGGUUUCCGCUAACCAGGAUUCUAACAUCUUGAAAUUGUGGUUUAUGAAAGGAGGAGGAGGUGUCAGGCCACAUCCAACCCCGCCUGGAUUUAAACCUCCCUUAUGGCCAGAACAGGAUACUCGUGAUCGAAUUGUAGAGCAGCUCAUGUAUGUCCCACCGAAUUAUACGUCAAGCUGGGACUUUUCCUCAUCUUCAUCCAAGAUGACUUCAUCUACUGCCGGUCAGAAAGAAAAGCUGAAGAAGAUAUUGCUAUAUUUCGGAAAAGGAGGUUGGAAUGAUUUGCCUCUGGGCAGGAUAGUUUUUCUCAGGGAUAAGUGUCCAGUCAGUACCUGCGAACUGACGACAGUUCUCAAAGAUGCUGAACAUGCUGAUGCUCUUUUCUUUAAAGACCGUUUCUUGUGGCCGUUUUAUAAACGGAAGCCUAAUCAAGUGUGGAUAUUAUUCCUCUUAGAAUGCCCUUUGCAUACCCAAGCCUUUAAGAACCUCAAGAAUGUUUUCAACUGGACAGCAACUUACAGACACGAUUCUGAUCUUGUGGCCCCUUAUGAGAAAUUCGUUCCUUAUAGUGUUAGUGAAGAUUACUUCCCAGGUCACAGAAACAAAAUUAAUAUUGAAAACAGAAAUUAUGCUGCAAAUAAGACUAAGAAAGUGGCAUGGUUUGUUUCGAACUGUAACGCAAAAAACAAAAGACUAGAAUAUGCAAAGGAAUUGGGGCAACAUAUAGAAGUCGACAUUUAUGGAUCUUGUGGCAAUAAGAAAUGCCCACGAACUCUGACGCAUAAAUGCUUUCAAAUGCUGGACAAAGACUACAAAUUUUACCUCGCCUUUGAAAAUUCCAACUGCAAAGAUUAUAUUACGGAGAAGUUCUUCGUUAACGGACUCAGUCGCAACAUCGUCCCCAUUGUUAUGGGAGCCCGUCGAGAAGACUAUGCCAGAUCUGCUCCACCCCAUUCCUACAUUCAUGUCGAUGAUUUCGCAACCCCCAGAGAUUUGGCUCAAUACCUUCAUCUCCUGGACAAGAACCACACCCUCUACAACGAAUAUUUCCGAUGGAAAGGUACUGGAGAAUUCGUCAAUACCUAUUUCUGGUGCCGCAUGUGUGCCAUGCUGCACGCACCCCAGUAUCACAAGUCUUACCCGGACAUGCACCACUGGUGGGCAGGUCCUGGCACAUGCAGUGCCGGACACUGGCCAAAUCACGUGACAAAACGCCCUGCAACGCAAACUACGGGUGAAGUUAAGGACGACAAUGGCUAAGCUGACUAAACUACGUUAUUAAUAGUAGUCAAGAACUUAAAUGGACUCAGCACAUAGUUUGUGCAAUGUUGAUGACACUGCAAGCCAUGUUUGGAGACGAUAAUGUUUAGCCUUUUGUAUAUUUUCUUCGUUCUCGAAUGAUUUGUUUAGUAAACAUAAUUUUGGAUACCGGUUUUACGACAGACUUGCAUUUUCGUUUCGGAAAAUCGCAUUCUCUGACAGAUUAAGAAAUGCGAAAAUGUCCUGUGCUUUCCCACUCACAUUUCUUUCGUACAUUCCACUUCACUGCGUACAAAGAAUUUUUUUUUCUGGAUUCCUAUAGAGAUAUUUGUACAGCACAUUUUUGGGUUUUGUGAACAUUUUUAUCCGAUUCUCUAUUGUACCAAACCAAUGAAUUUCACGUAAGGGCGUGAUUAAGGUUCGCAGUAAUUAAUAAUGCUUAGAAAUGACCAACCAGCUAAACGUCUAAAUCUAAGCGUCUGUUCUAAUUGAAAAUAAUGCAUCGGAUAAGAAAGGCAGCUUUUACGUGUAUUAUACUAGUUCGCUAUUUGAAGAUAAUUAAAGGUAAAAGAUGAGAUCGCUCUUGGUAUACCUUAUGCUAUAACAUGCUUACGUCAAAAGCUAUUAUUUUUAGUGCUUAGCAUUGACGAAUACAAAACUAUACGAAGAUUUUUCUUCUUUAUUUAUCUGUGUUCUGUUCCCUAAUUUUGCAAAAUAAUUUUCGUACAAUAGUUUUAACUCAUAAAU